AGACUGCGUUACUGCUCUCCUCACCCAUUUCCUCCUCAUUCGCAUCUUCUCUCAUCCCAACCAACCUCAAACACCACGCACACUCAGAACGUUACCACCGCGUUCUAACUCUACACCGUCGACAUUCGCCACGGUUCCGUGUCUCGACAAUUCUAUUGUCUGCGCACACAAAUCGAUAUUUUCGUUGUUUGGGCCUCGAUCUGUGUCCUGUUAAUCUGCCUCCUCACCAACGUUCGAUCGCGAUACCUUCUCAGUUGUCCACCCGGGGAUCUCUCUUCCUCCUCCCGAUUGAAUUGAAGCCACACCUACGCAGUAGAACCCACAUCCUAUAACACCAUCACUAUUGUCUAGACUGCCUGCCGACAGCCUCAAAUGUCUAGUCAUGCUUGAGUCUCGAAUGCUCGGCAUCGUCGACAUCCCGAUCUCCAACCGUCCUCGGCUUCGCUCCGAUUAGACAUUCUCACUCGACGACCAUAUGCUGUGCCCGGUCGAUCCCGUUCCUUCAUCCUUUUGGCUGCGCCAUCGUCCAGCACGAUAGCAGGAUUAUGGAUCCGCCUCACAUCACCGAGUUCGCUUCCGAGCGCUACUUCAAUAAACUCAACCAACUCUGCGAGUCUCCCACAGCUCGCGAUGCCCAGCAACACCAUCAAUCACGCGAUUCUCAACUACCCCCAUCCCAAUCGGUGCCCACCCCGCCGACACCUCCUUUUCCCUCUGCGCAGCCUUCUUCCUUUAUCCUUCCACUCCGAACAUCGAAAGCAAGCGAAUGCGAUUUCGAGUCUACUCGUCCGCCAGACCAAAAGCGCCCCGAAAAAAGCCGUCUGUUUAGUCUCCGAUCCAAGGUUUCCAUCCUUCACUCCAAGUCGCAUGCAUCACAAACAGAUGUAAACGAGCAGAGUGCCGAAUCCCUUGGGCCAAAGACACAAUCAUUCGGUCAACUAAUCCUUGCACUACCCACCGAGCUUCAGAUUCAAGUCAUCUCGUCCCUACCGCUCACCGACGUUCUCAACCUUCGCAGAGUCUCGAAGUCAUGGCAUGCCAUUAUCACAUUGAACGAGGCCCCCAUUGUUCGCCAUCACCUAGAGCAUCAUAUCCCGACAUAUGCCCUACGUCUAUAUCCAUCCAGUGACCCCACAACCGCCAACUUCCACCACCUGUGCGGUCUAUGGCACCGUCUGCAUGUUGCGGCGAAACUUUCGUUUCUCAUGUGCGAGUGGAUCACAAAGGAGAUAUUCUUGAGGACGACAGAAACCCAACGCCUCGAGUUCGCGCCGCAGCGUGAACGUAUGCGUCGCCGCCUAAUUCCACUACUAUUCACUGUGUUCCAUUUCUUCGAAACAUACCGAAAGCUGCACCUACAACACAUACUCGACCACAACGGUCACGGUUUGCUACACGAGCCCUAUACACUAAACCCGAUCGAGGUUCAGAUCAUGAACAUGUACGACGAUCAGACGCUGUUGCGCGUUCAUCAGGUCUUCCCGCUUGUUAUAUCCUCGUUUUGCCGACGGUUACGUCCACCAUCGUAUGCCGGUCGCGUUGAACGAUCUUUGAGGGGUUACUUGAAGGAAAAGCCACCAGACGAGGUUCAUGUUGCUAUUCUUUGCGUCGGCGGUCUACGACAGGUAGAGAGGCUCUGGGAGAUCAAAGGAUAUAACAGUAGGAGAGGGGCGGUCGAUAUCUGGUAUAACUCUAUCGCAAAAGAUUCGGCCGAACCGACUUCCAAACAGCGACGCGGCAUUAUGGGCCUCGGUCGCAAAAAGUCGACCUUGUCUGUAAGAGAAUCGAUCAAAUCGACGCAACAGGACGGGGCCCCGGCACACCGCGGUUCGAGGACAUCUCUCGAGGAUUCAGUCGACCCUCGCGACACGAACUUGGUUUUUAACACAAGCCUGGCAGCUGGUAUGCCCAUGGGGGCAUUGGGGCGUGAGCAUGUGCGUCACGUACUUGCAGACUUGCCAAAUUUGCAAGAAAUCUGGCUCAAGACUGCUGAGGCUCUGAUCUUGGAGCGAGGCAUUGUGGAGCGUACUCAAGACAUCAAACGCAACGCCCAAGUCAUGUUGGAGCUGAUUCGCGAAGAUGGCAUGGACGAAGAGGAUGAGUGGUGGUACGGGCGAAGUACUCCCGAGUCUGUUCGCCCUCCGCUCGAGGCGAUAGACGAGGAUCCUAUGGAUGGUGCAUAACAACGGUACGGAGCCAUCGGCAUUUGCGGGCGUUUAGGUCGGCCAGGGAAACGGCUGUUGGGACAGAGGCGGAGGGUCGUCUCUUACUUUUUCUUCUCUUUUUGAUAUGCCGGGUAACCAUCUUACUCUACUUUCUCGGGGCUCGCAUGGACAGGGGUACCAACAUCUGGACAAAGAUACCGAUACCACACUGUCCCCGUAUUCCUUUCGUCUCCAUGUAUUCACAACAGAUCUUGCUGGUCCAGCUACGACACAUCUGUUCGUUUUGUUAACCCCCGAGGUGCCUUAUUUCAACCUAUCCAGUCGCCCCAAUCGCUCACGUCCUGUGUGAGGGAAUCACGGCCAUAAGCAUCAACGACGCUCCGCCGCAGACGCAACUCGUCAACCCAGUAGAAAUAAGUGAUGUGGAAUGAGAUGGCGCAAGUGCCUCAUUGUGCACGUAGAUGAGAUGCAGUUUUUUCACCGUCAUCUGCAACCACUGGGCACAUUGCAUGACAAGACGCAUAGGUCGUACAUAUAGAUCAAAACAGGUCCACCAUAACUACACAUAACCAGUAUCUCAUUGUUUAUACUAUCGCCUGAGAGCAUGAUACAUGCGUUCCUGUAUUGCAGAGUCUGACAUGCUUCCAUCGAAUGAAGCCUGGCCCAUGCCCGAGUCUGUGCGAUAGGACGAGUUCAUGUUGGGCGAGACCCGCUGCAUAUUCCCGCCGUUGAUGUUGUACGAUGUCGGAUUAAUAUUUAAGCUAGCUUGGCUAGCCGAGUCAAGUGCCGACAUUUCGAGAAAGCCCGACUCUGAAUAGCCAUGGAAAGACGGCAGGCCCGAGCUCUGGGAUUGGUGUGCCUGUCGUGCUUGGAAUGAGGGAGAGUGGUGCUGCAUGGAGCGCGAUGUGGAGCUUCGAUAAUUGACAUCUGGUGCAGUUGCGGGUGUUACCAUCUGCGGAUCGAACGAUGGACGCACACUCGCCAACCCAUUAUAGUCGCCGUCUCCAGUGGAUGUGAUGUAGGAGUGUCCAUCAUGUCCAGCUGCCGACGUUGCUUGGCCAGCGUUUGGGGUGGGAAGGCGAUGCGGGCUAACAUUCGACCGAUCUUGUAAAGAGGAUUGUUGCGGUUUUUGAUGGUGGGAUUGAUGGCGCAGGUGUUGCUGGCGUUGUUUUUGCUGAUGCCGCUGCUGGUGAUGCAGCUGCUGUUGCUGCUGUUGUUGCUGUUGUUGAUGUUGCUGCUGUUGUUGCUGUUGUUGAUGUUGCUGCUGUUGUUGCUGUUGUUGCUGUUGUUGCUGCUGCUGUUGUUGCUGUUG